GUGGACAGUCUCUUUGACAUUGUCCAGAAAAUUCAUAGAAAAUCUAAAAAAAGGAAGUUAACUGAUUAUUUGCAUCUUUGUGAUGUAUUAUACCUUUUCAAUGAACGCCUGGAUCAAAUUUUGAAAAAUAUUCGGCAGAAUAAACAGGAAUAUUUUGAUAUGACAGAUGAUGAUUUCAACGCUUUUAGAAGCCAAGAAUUCUACAGUAUCAUCGUCGAACAGCUGAAAACUGCCUAUUUAAAGCAUUUGAAGUGCGUAAAGAAAUAUUUAUACGCUUUGAGCUAUGGGGCAUGUUGGCUAAUUAAUUUCACACAAGCAAAAAAUAACGGCAAUUCAGCAAAACAGGCGCUAUAAAACAUCUCAGACGUUCUCUGCAUCAGUACUUCAGACGCACUCAGAAAAUGCGCACGAAGUUGAUUGAAGAAUACGGGCGAAUCAUCGAACAAUAUUACGAUUUUGAGAAUGACAAUAUGGAUUUUUCGGCAUCCUUAACAAGCCUAGCGGGAUACAUGACCAAGGAGAAUGACAAAAAAAUGGUGGAAAUAGUUGACAACAUCGAGGCAAUAAUAUUAAACAAAUCAUCGCACUCGUAACAAACUUGUGGCAAACACCUCUUAUCAACUUUGAAUUUUAUUAAACC